AUGAACCGGAAAAUACUGCACGGCCUGAUGAUGCGACUCGUAUCUAUGCAAGGCAGAUGGACAGAGGAACUCCCUUCGGUCAUAUGGGCAUACCACACCACCAAGAGAGCGCCAAUAGGGGUAAGCCCGUUCAUGCUCGUCUUUGGCGCAGAAGCGGUCAUCCCAGCCGAAGUAGGGAUCCCCUCUUGGCGAAGGCAACACUUUAAUGAACAGGCCAACAAUGAAGAGCUCAGUUCAAAAAUUGACUUAUUGGAGGAGAGACAAGAUCAAGCUAGCCUAAGAGUUGCAGCAUACCAGCAGAGGGUAGCAAAAUACUACAACAAUCGCGUCAAAGUGCGAAAUUUUCAGCCCGAAGACUUGGUUCUAAGGAAAACGCAAAAAAGCCCAACAGAGUCGGGGUUGCACAAGCUAAAGCCAAACUGGGAGGGUCCAUAUAGAGUUACAACCAAGAUAAAGCCGGGAACAUACAAGUUGGAGGAUUUCGGGAAGCAUCAGCAGCAGGAACAACCUCUCUGGAAGGUACCUCCUCCCUAUGAAUACGCUCAAUCUCAGUUUGUAGGGCCCGCUCGCAGAUCUCGGCAUCAUGAAGUUCAUUCUGAGCAAUGA